AUGGCUGCGCCUAAAAAAACCAAGUUAGACGAGCAAUCAAUAGAAGUAGAGGAUUACGUUCACAACGUCUCUCCAAUGAAAGUGUCUGGAAAUAACAACAACUACUUUAACACAAUAUUUCAGGAGGAUAAAUACAUCGAUCUUAUAUGUUUUGUACAAGAUUACAAUUCUGUUCUGAAGGACAUCCAGAAAUCAAAUGAUGCACUUCAUCUUCUGAGAGCAGCAAAGACCAGUGACAUGUUCUCCCACUCAGAUGUUGUGAAUCUGCUUACUAAUAUCAGGAAAAUGCUUCGAGCUGACUGUCACCGGUUGAACUUUGACAUUCCAGCAUUCUUAAGUGAUGAAGACUAUGAAACACUAACUGGAAUUACAAAAGAUCAAUUUAAUGACCUUGUUACAUAUUUAGAGGAUAUCAGAAACACAGAAAUUCGCUCUAAAAGAACAUGUUUAGGAGUUUUCCUAACCAAACUAAGGACAGGGUUAUCAAACAAAGUUCUUGGUGUGCUACAUGGUUUAACUGCUGCACAGGUUCAGAGAACUGUCACCACCACCAGACAAUGUUUAAUGUCCAGUUUCGUUCCAAGUAACCUGGGAUUCAGUCAUCUAUCACAUGAAGAUUUUGCCACCUUACACUGCACUGAAACUGCAAAAACACUCUUCAGAGAAGAUGACAGCAAUGCAGUCGUAGUACUAGAUGGAACGUAUAUAUAUAUACAGAAAAGCUGUGACUACCAGUUUCAAAGACGCACUUACAGUACUCACAAAAACAGAUCCCUUCUAAAACCUAUGAUGAUUGUAGGAACAGAUGGAUACAUAUUAGAGGUACUGGGGCCGUAUUAUGCUGAUGGAUCGAAUAGUGAUGCUUCUAUCACUAAACAUUUCUUAACUUGUAAUGAAGACUCAAGACAAUGGUUUCGAGAUGGUGAUGUCUUUCUAGUCGAUCGCGGCUUUCGAGAUGCAGUGGAAUUUCUAGAGGAAAACAACAUCAGUGUAAAAAUGCCACCUUUUUUAAAAAAGAAAGAAAAGCAACACUCCACUGAAGAUGCAAACCUAAGUAGAAUGAUUACCAAAGUGAGGUGGAUUGUGGAGGCUGUUAAUGGUAGAAUUAAGAAGUGGAAGCUCUUGGACAAGGUGUUGCCAAACACCCUCGUUCCAUCUAUUGGUGACUUUGUUCGCAUCACCUGCUCCUUGUGCAACAAAUACAGACCCCCUAUUGCUAUUAACACUGAGGAGGAUGUUAAAUGGGCGAAUGAAAUGCUGAAUAAAGCUAAGCAACCAAAUCAACUGCUUGAGUUGCUGACAACAAAAAACUUACUGAGAACAAGGAGCACAUUUUCACUUGUUGAUUCACAAAAUCUUUGCAACUUUCCAUCCUUGUCUUUAGAAGACUUAAGAAACAUUACAAUGGGUGUUUACCAGAUUCACCAAGCCCCAUUUUAUGUGAAAGAACAUUUGGAUGAAGAUGGAACAUUUCAGCUGAUGGUGCACAAGGAAAGUGACUCUUUGAUUAAAUUGAAAAUUCAAUCAAGACAUUCCCAGUCAGUCUCACAUACACUGUGGAUACAGUACACACCGGAGCAGAUCAGUGGAUGGUAUUGCACUUGUAAAGUUGGGGCCAGAGUGGUUGGCUGCUGCGCCUACAUUGCCAGCGCCCUGUGGUACCUUGGGUAUGAAAGACAUGAAGCAAAGCACAACUCUGGUGUUGACAUUAACACAACAAACAUUGAUGAUGCUAGACAUAGAGUAGUGAGUGUUAGUGAUUCUGAAAGUGACCAGACAAUGGAGGAGGAAUGA